AUGCGACGACUUUCAAGAGCCUUCUCCCGAACCAAAAACACCGAUGAGGAGAAAGAAGCAGAAGCAACCACGACCAAUCCCGUCAAGAGUGCAUCACCGCCUCCCCCAACUUAUGAGGAAGCUGAAAAACAACAAUACAAUGUCGAGCAACCUUCAGAUGCAGUAGAUCCAGACUUACCAAGCCCUGAGAAUACAAUCGCACAUCUCAAACUACUCGAAUGUUUCUAUCGGUUCAAGCAGAAGAUCGCCAGUACGGAUGGUCUCUUUGGCAUAUCCUCCGACAUAAUCCCAGAGAACGAUCAAACCACCACACCACCAAAAGAUGCUACUCACAAUGAUCAGACCACACCAAAAACUGCUCCUCACAAUGAUAAAACCAGCGAGAUCUUGACUCUGCUUGCAGAAAAGAGAUGGCAAGUCUAUGUCUCUCGGGCAGUAGACCGUUUCGCAAAGUGGAGGUAUACUCUGGAACCUGAUGUUGAGUACUAUACUUUCAAGCAUGCUUUGGGGGGUUUUGGAAGGGAGCUUACUGAAAGAGUUGAUCCUGUGAAGGCUAAGCCUUUGUCCUUUGAUGAGACUAAUUUACCGCCUAUUGAUGUCUUAAUGGUAUGGCAUUCGUACAUGUUGAAUCCGAUGAUCUAUCUAGACGACUGCGCACGUCAAGGCCGAAUGCGUCUGUGGCACACUCCGUUCCCAUUGCAACUAGUGGCCAACCACAUCAACGACCAGGAGUAUCACUUCUCAACAGCAAAAGAAACAAUGGUCCGCUUCAAAGAACGGUUUCAUCUCGACUGGGAGAACUUGGACGGUUCAGACGAAACAAGCAUAAAGUGCCACAAUUGCGGUGCUCAGAAUCCUGUUCCCUGGACUACUUAUGGACUUAUACCUAACGGACCAGAGGAAUUCCCCAGAUGGGCAGCUGAGAACCAGACUAUCAACCUCAAAUCCGUCGAAAGCAAAAUUAGUGCCUGUCAAGGCUUCGCCGACAAAGCCUUCACCCUAGGUUGUCUAAAAUGCCACUCCAAAAUCACACACGACUCUCUCUGUGUAGCAAAACUCCACGCAGACAUAACCCUCAUUCUGACAGAAAAAGCCGUGUUGCCAGGAAACAUCGUGUACAAAAGUCAUGGCCUGUCUUCAGCGGAUGGUAAAUCCAUGUUCUGGUCUGAGUGGGAAGACAUCAUGUUCCCAAGCAAAAUGAUGUUUUGGGGCAUGGGAGAACAACUUCUCAAACUUAGGGGCAAGGAUAUGCGUAUGGCCAGUGUACGCGAAGUCAUCGAAGAGUGUCUGUCCGACAGAGAGAUGGUCAAAUAUGCGAAAUCCAGCCGUCAGCGCUCACGUAUAUCAAGAGGAGAGGCUCUAGCUCUCCGUCGCAUGAUGUCGCGAUACUGGAACAACUGCUCAAGUUUCGGCAUCGAUCUUGUUGGUGCGGUAAUUCGCCAGGGCUCUUUUGUCGACAAGAUGCACGAUAUAGAUUGGUUGCACUCGCCAGCGCUUUCGAACACUAUACCUCGCUUGAUACGCAAAUACUCGAGGUUUAUCGCUAUCAUUGCUAAACACAACAGAUUCGCCGUGCCGACUUUGGAUGUGGAUUUAGCGUGGCAUACACACCAACUGACUCCUGUACGCUACAUGCACUACACCAUUGCCAAAGCCAAGACCUUCAUCGACCAUGACGACAAAGUAGCAGAAGCAAAACUCACAGACGCGUUUGCAGAAACCAGCAAGGUGUAUCAGAAACUAUAUGGCGAGCCGUAUUCAGAAUGCACUUGCUGGUACUGUGAAGCAGUGCGAGAGUCACACACAUCAACUGCAUCACGCCUGUUUCGAAGCAACAACGCCACUGCUUCCGAGCAAUUACAUUCAGUGCCCUCUGACCCGAAGAGAUCCAUCCACAUAUCCACACACAAUGCCGAAGGAAAUCCACGGCCCAAGAGAGACGACUAUUAUUACUCUGAAGCGUAUGGGCAUCCAGUGUUUAUACCCAUGUAUGCGCCAUACUACGGUGCCUUGCCGUAUACACCAGUCAUCUAUCCUGUUAAUCCAGGGUGUAUGGCGCUAGGAGUUGGCGCGGUGGGCAACUGCUGCUCAGGCACUUGUGGUGCAGCGGCGGCUGCAGGAGGUUCUUGUUCGGGUGCUGCAGCUGGUAGCACUAUCGGUGUUGGUUGUACUUCCUCGAGCGGUGGGUGUGGCGGAGGAGGAAGCAAUUGUGGAGGAGGCGGUGGUGGCGCUGGGUGUGGUGGAGGAGGCGGUGGUGGCGGAUGUGGAGGAGGUGGUGGUGGAUGUUAG